AUGGAAGGACCCACAUCAGAGAGUAACCAGAGGACUCAGACAGGAGAGAAACCCUUUGAAUGUUCUGACUGGGGGAAAAGUUUCAGUCACAAUUCCAGUUUGGAGAUACAUCAGUGGAUUCACUCCAGGGAUAAACUUCAGAAUUACCAUCUCAUGAGACACCAGAGAACUCAUACAGGAGAGAAAGCAUAUGAGUGCCCGAACCCUUUGAAUGUCCUGUGUGGGAAAAGUUUCAGUUAUAAUUCCAGCCUGAUGAUACACCAGAGGACUCACACAGGAGAGAAACCCUUUGAAUGUCCUGAUUGUGGGAAAGAUUUCAGGGAUAAUUUCAGCCUGGUGAUACACCAGAGUACUCACACAGGAGAGAAACCCUUUGAAUGUCCUGAUUGUGGGAAACGUUUCACUCAGAAUUCCAACCUCAUGAGACACCAGAGGAUUCACACAGGAGAGAAAUCUUUUGAAUGUCUUGAUUGUGGGGAAAGUUUCAGUCAGAUGUCCACCCUGGUGAAACACCAGAUGAUUCAUACAGGCGAGAAACCCUUUGACUGUCCUGUCUGUGGGAAAAGUUUCAGUCGCAAUUCCAACCUUGUGGUACACCAGAGGAUUCACACAGGAGAGAAACCUUUUGAAUGUCCUGAUUGUGGGAAAAGUUUCAGUUAUAAUUCUAGCCUGGUGAUACACCAGAGGACUCACACAGGAGAUAAACCCUUUGAAUGUCCUGACUGUGGGAAAAGUUUCAGUGAGAAAUCUAACCUGGUGAAACACCAGAGGACU